UUGGAGGAUGUGGCUGUUAUGUUCACGCAGGAGGAGUGGGGACAGCUGGAUCUGACCCAGAGGUCCUUGUACUUGGAGGUGAUGCUGGAUACCUGUGGACUUCUGGUCUCUCUGGGUGACAGCGCAGAACCCAGUACCACAGAGCCUCCCUCUUGUCACUUCACCUUGCCUGAAAAAGUCUCACUCCAGGAACAAUUGACACAGGGAGCCUCAAGGGACUCCCAACUAGGCCAAGCCAAGGUUCAGGAUGGACCAUCUGAAAUGCAGGAAGGCCUCAUGAUACCAGAGAUAGACUCGCAGAGGGAAGAGUUUCAUGGGAAAAUGAGUUCUGAACAUGAAGGUUUGGUGACAGCUGAUGAUGUUUGUUCAGUGAUUAUACAGAAGCCAAUCUCACCAGAAGCUAUUCUCUGUGUAUGUGACACAUGUGGAGCAGUGACAGAUCCCUUGAUUCAUGAAGGGAAAAAUUCCUAUAAAUGUGAGGAAUGUGGCAACAUAUUUAACAAGAAUUGCUUCCUUGUUCAACAGCAGAUUGACACUCAAGUGAAGCCCUAUGCAUGCACAGAAUGUGGGAAAGUCUUUAGCCAGAGCAAGCACCUGCUUCAGCACCGCAUCAUCCAUUCUGGGAAGAAGCCCUAUAAGUGCACAGAGUGUGGGAAGGACUUUUACCGUAGAUCACACCUCACACGGCAUGAGCAGACUCACAUGGAAGAGAAGCCCCUUGUGUGUGGCGAAUGUGGAAAAGCCUUCAAUCGUGGGUCACAUCUUACACGGCACCAGAGGGUUCACAGUGGAGAGAAGCCUUAUAAGUGCAAUUACUGUGGAAGGGCCUUUACCUACCACUCUAAUUUUGUCUUGCAUAGCAGGAUCCACACUGAGAAAAAACCCUUUGAGUGCAACCAAUGUGGAAAAGGUUUUUGUGAGAGUGCAGGUCUCAUUCAACACUACAUUAUUCACACUGGGGAGAAACCUUAUAAGUGCAUGGAAUGUGGGAAGGCCUUCAACUGCAGGUCACACCUCAAGCAGCACCAGCGAAUUCACACUGGGGAGAAGCCUUAUGUGUGCAGUGAAUGUGGGAAGGCUUUUACCCACUACUCUACUUAUAUCUUGCAUGAAAGAGCCCACACUGGAGAAAAACCUUUUGCGUGCAAAGAAUGCGGAAAAGCCUUUAGCAUUCGGAAAGACCUCCUUCGACACUUCCUCAUCCAUUCUGGAGAGAAGCCCUAUGAGUGCCUGGAGUGUGGAAAGGCCUUCACCCGCAUGUCAGGCGUCACAAGGCACCAGUGGAUUCAUACUGGAGUGAAGCCCUAUGAGUGUAUUGAAUGUGGGAAAGCUUUUUGCAGGAGCACAAACCUCACUCGACAUUUCAGCAUCCACACUGGAGAGAAGCCCUAUGAGUGCAUCGAGUGUGGGAAGGCCUUCAACCGCAGAUCAUCCCUCAUUGGACAUCACAGGAUUCAUACUGGGAGAAACCCUAUCAGUGUAACAGAUGUGGGAAGACAUUUUACAAGUUGACAGAAUUCAGUCAACCUGCAAGACUUCCUAUUAGAGAAAUGUUUUUUUAAUGUAAACACUGAAGAAAAUCUGUGGUGAGAGGAAGCAUCUUACUCAACAUCUGGCCUCAUUCAUACUGAAGAGAAACUCCAUAAGUUACAAAGGAGAUCAGGAUGUACAUAUGAAUGAACACUUAUAGUGUACAUUUAAGAUUCUGAUUCAUGUCUAUGAGCAAACCUCUUGUAGAUCAUUAUUUGUCAUUAAAUAGUCAUACUAGAAAUUGACCCAGUGCAGAGUCAUAUUCUAGUCAUGAAUUUGACAAUUCACCCAUGAGAGAGACUUAGUGGAUAUUGUGGUGCAUGUAGGAAAACCACAUCUUUCAUAGUGUACAAGAAAUAUUGUCUCUAAGAUAUUUAAACAAAGGAAGAGAGACAUAGUGAAGAGAAAGAAAUGAACGCCUAAUUUCUUUCAUACUUCCCUGACAAACCUAUGAAACUUUGUCAUCUCUUCUUUAUUUUAUUUGGAGAAAGGGAAGUGUUACAGAAAAAAAAAAAUGACCUUGUCCCCUUUAUUCUUCAUGGUUGUUCAUACAGUGUUGUCCAGUGUCGGGACAACUAGACAAAUGUGGGGUUUGUUUGAAGAUACUUUGUGAAAGCCUGCUUUGUUCCACAACAUUGUCUCUACUCUUAAACAACAGGUAGGAGCAUGAAUCUUUAUGAAAAAUAUGAAGGCUUGAGUUACAAAGGAGAUCAGGAUGUACAUAUGAACGGACACUUAUAGUGCACAUUUAAGAUUCUGUUUUUUUAAAAAAACAAACCCUUUAUGUGUCUUUAACCACUCAAUACACAUACUUUUUCUUGAUCUGUG